AGAUGCGCGUUAUGGAGCGCACUUUCCGAGAGCAGCUCUUCUUUCUGGUGCUGUGUCUGUCUGUCCUCAAGGGAGACUCCAGAUAUAUUGAGAACAACGAGAUCUCAAAAGAUGAAUUAUAUUCGAUUUUCAACUCGGAGCUCAAGAGAGAAAUACCUGAGGAGAUCAUGUAUCGCCGACCUUUACGUUGUCUGGACAUGGUCGCAGUGGAGGGUCAGUUCACCUUCACGGCGGAGCAUCCUCAGCUCAGCUGCGCUGCUUUCUUCAUGGCAGAGCCCUCUGAAGUGAUCAGUGUGGAUUUUGACAGCGUGGACAUCGACUGCAGGGGAGGAGACUUCAUCACGGUGUUUGACGGCUGGGUGAUGAAAGGAGAGAAGUUCCCCAGCUCCCAGGAUCACCCCCUGCCUCUGUACGAGCGCUACGUGGAUUACUGCGACUCGGGCUCACUGAGGAGAAGCGUGCAGUCCUCUCAGAACGUGGCCAUGGUCUUCUUCCGUGUUCACAACGCCGGCAGCAGCUUCACGCUGACAGUCAGGAAACACAUCAACCCCUUCCCCUGUAAUGUCAUCUCCCAGUCACCAGAGGGCAGUUACACAAUGGUGAUCCCGCAGCAGCACAGAAACUGCAGCUUCUCCAUCAUAUAUCCAGUGGCGAUCGACAUCUCGGAGUUCAGCCUGGGACGCUACAACAACUUCCCUAAGAGGUCCAUGCCUGGAUGUGCAGAAACUGGAGAUUUUGUGCAGCUGCUGGGAGGAAACGGCAUUGACACGUCAAAGCUGCUGCCCAUCACAGACCUCUGCAUUUCCUUCACUGGUCCCACUCACAUGAAGAUCGGUUGUGAAAACACAGUGGUGAGGAUGGUGUCCAGCGGGAAGUUUGUCAACCGAGUGUCUUUCAGCUACCGGCUACUGGACAACCAGGAACUUCAGACGAUCAAACUCAACAACGUGGAGGAUUUUUGUUUCAACAACUGAUCCCUGCAGGAUCACAACGUGACAAACGUGUCAUUUGACUGCAAACAUUUUUUUAAAUUAUUUUAUCACAAGCAACAGAUCCAUCCGCUCCAUCCCUCUGAUUAGACAACAUGUCUUAAAUCCAAAGGCACUGACAUAAAAGAAUAUGAAUAAUAAGAUAUAUACAGCCACAGCGAUGUUAUGAAAUUCAAACUUCCAAAAUUCACUUUUUUUUCAUCCUCUUUCUUGUUGCUAAAUCAAACUUAAUGAAAUUUUCUUUUUGUGUUUGGUGGAACUGCUGU